CUGGGGAGUGCCUUGCUCCAGGGCACCCUGACAGCUUCAGUUUAGAUGCAGCUGUUGCAUGAGAAGACUAUUUGUUUUCAUCUAUCUUUUGCCCGCCACUCAAGGAGUUGAAGAACAAGUGAAGUCUUUGUAGUCAUGAGCCUGUGUAUCGGAUAUGGAAGAUAUAAAUCCUUAUCUUUUCUAAAAGGGAAUUAGCACACAUCCCUAUUAAAGUUAAUGUUGAAAACAUAACACUAUAACUACUAUGCUGACUUUGAAGCUCUCUGUUGUUGACAUACAAACAAAAGGCACCUGCUUUUGCACUCUCAUGAUUUCGUCAGAGGUACAAAGAUGCUGUCUUGUGAGUGAGCUGUUUAUCUGAAGCGGCAGCAUAUGAGAGAGACAACUUUAAGCCAAAAUGACAGAGUUACAAAGGUUGGGAGAGCAGUAUUAUAGAGAUGCCAUGGAGCAGUGUCAUAACUACAAUGCACGGCUCUGUGCUGAGAGGAGUGUCCGGAUGCCUUUUCUAGACUCUCAGACCGGUGUUGCUCAGAGCAACUGCUACAUCUGGAUGGAGAAGAGACACAGGGGACCAGGCAUGGCCCCGGGGCAGCUCUACACCUACCCAUCCAGGAGGUGGAGGAAGAAAAGACGAUCUCAUCCCCCAGUGGACCCUCGGCUUGUCUUCCCUUCUGUUAAAUCGGAAGUGGAUGUAGGACUGAAGAAAGAUGCUGUGUUGUCAGCAGACGGCAGCAGCCUGGAGGCUCUGCUGAAGGGGGACUCUCUGGAAAAACGGACAGCUGCAGAGCUGCGAGGGUCUGAGGAGGACUCUAACCAGAGUGACUACACAGGAGGCCUCAAUCCCGCCACUCGGAUUAGAAAGAGAAUCCUUGAGCCAGAUGACUUUCUGGACGACCUAGACGAUGAAGACUAUGAAGAGGACACGCCUAAAAGAAGAGGCAAAGGAAAGGGGAAGGGUCGAGGUGUGGGCAGUACUAGGAAAAAACUAGACACAGCAGCAAAUGAGGACAGAGACAAGCCGUACGCCUGUGACAACACUAUCAAACAAAAGCAUAUUUCAAAAACUUCUGAAAGAGUUUGUGGGAAGCGCUACAAGAACCGUCCAGGCCUGAGCUACCACUACACCCACUCCCACCUGGCUGAGGAGGAGGGCGAGGAGAAGGAAGAGGUGGAGAUCAACGAGCCUGCCCUGCCACUGCCUAAUGAGCCCAAAACCCCAAAGAAAGGUCCAGAUGGUAUCGCAUUGCCUAAUAAUUACUGUGAUUUCUGCCUUGGAGACUCCAAAACCAAUCACAAGACUGGCCAAUCAGAAGAGCUGGUGUCCUGCUCCGACUGUGGGCGCUCAGGGCAUCCCUCCUGCCUGCAGUUCACUCCUGUAAUGAUGGCCGCAGUGAAGACGUACCGCUGGCAGUGCAUAGAGUGCAAGUGCUGCAACAUGUGCGGCACCUCCGAGAACGACGAUCAGCUUCUGUUCUGUGACGACUGUGACAGAGGAUAUCACAUGUACUGUCUCAAUCCACCCAUGGCAGAACCUCCAGAGGGGAGCUGGAGCUGUCACCUAUGUCUGGACCUCUUAAAAGACAAGGCAUCCAUAUACCAGAACGCCCCACAGUCGUGAUGAUCGCCCCCACCCCUGCCCCCACCCACUUCUGCACACAACUCAUCACUCAACCGUCCUCGGCGGCAGUUUAUGUUUACCCUGAAAGAUAGAUGACAAACUCGCCUGACGAGCUGACCAGGGAGGGAGUGUGUUCAGAACAGACAGUUCGUGUGAAAAGGGAAGUAUCCCUUACCAAACUGGCCUCACUUAGUUUAGAUAUGACUGUUGCACAGUUCCAAGCUCGGAUUCAGACUCAUCACUUUUUAUUGUAACCUUCUUUGCUACACAACUUGAGCAGUACUAAAUUUCAACAAGAUACAAAGCAUAUUAAGCCAAAAUGUUCCUUUCUGUUUAGUGUUUUACACAUACGCCUACAAAGAGUUGCUAAAAGCUGGUCUCUUUUUUUCGCAAUGUACUGAUUUUAUGACUAGAGCAGAAAUAGAGCUUGGAAUAAAGUAGCAUGCCUCUGCUUGCUAUCAAAAAAAGAGACAUUUUAUAAUAUUUAUAUAUUUCUAUGGUAUAUAAUAGUGUUAAGUAUGUACAAAUUGGAUAGAAGAUGGGUCAUGAAAUGAUCUUUUAUUGGUUCCCAUCUUACUAUGAAAAAAAUAUAUAAAACCACAUGUUCUUCUAUGGCGCUAGUGAUAUUAGGUGAUUCACUUGAUAGAGUCAAAGGGAUCUGCUGAGACUGUAAAUGGUUUUUAUCUCAUCCACUGCCACUGGACACCAUCAUGUAAUUAUUUAGGUAGCUCUUUUAAAGGCCGAAGGAAUUUUAGGGAUGUCAGGUUUGACUCAUGGCUUAUCCAGCUGUACAGAGAUCAAGAAGUCGACUUUAGGCAUUUUUCAUUUAGGCUUUGGGGUCUUUAUGACAUAACUGUCUUUUCACCCUGGUCAUCAAGACUGUAGAGACACAAAGCAGAUCUGCACACCUGGCCAAUGUUUGACAUAAAUGAUAAUGUGAUGAUAAUCGUUAUUCCAGUCAAAUGAAAAACAAGUCCUAUUUGUAUUAUCAGACAGUUAAAGGGGAUAAAAUACCUUUAUUGCUGUGUUCUAGCAGUUUGAUGAUCAUGCACCAUAUCCAAUAUCUGUUAAUGUUGUGACACCACUAGAUUUAUUUAAUGAAACCGAGUUCUAUUGGACCUUGCCGAUAGUCCCUUGGUGACAAUGUUAAAGCAAUAUAAGGGCUCCUGUAGGAUGCUGGGAUGACAGGGACUGAUGGCAGAGUCACUUUAGGCUCUGUUGGCAGAUAAUGUGCGAUACUGUAAAUUUUCUCUCUCCAAAAUAUUCUAUAACAGAUUGAGGACUGUGGCAGCAAUCAUAGAUAGCUCCAUAUUGUUAUAAAGAGAUUAUAAUGUGUUUAUAUAUAGUCCUAUGGAGAACCGGCUCUCUUUGUUACUGCUUGCGUAGUUUUAUUAUGCAAUGGUUUCCUUCUGCGGCAAGGCUACAAGAAAAAAGUCUAACUGAACUGCUUAAGCAGUUACUAUACCUCAAAAAGAAACAGUAUUUAAGGGAUCGAGUAAUGCUGUUGAUAGAUGGGACAAAGGCAGCGCAAUGAAUCCUUAUGAAAUGUGCAGUGUCUGCUUGAAUAACUGCAAACUCUACUGUUAAACAAGUGCAUGCUCAGUAAUUGUCUGCACUUUCUUAUACUAUGUGGUCGUCUCAGCAUUAGGUCAGCAGAGGUGAUGGGAUGUGGUGUAAUAUAAAUUAACCAUGCUAUCAUGUUGUUUCUAUAGCCAACUAACAAUUACUAAAGCAUUACACAAGUAUAACUUGGUUUAUUUUCUCAUCACUUUUAAACUUAGUUCUUUUAGAGACAGUGGCUACUAGAAUAUUUUGCUGGUUGUUUUCUAUUCAUGGAUGAUGUUUGCGUACUUGAUGUGUGGGACAUUUUGGGACUUAAGUGGAUGUUGCUUUCUAGUUAAUCCCAUGAUCCAGUUCUCGACUGAGCCGCUCUCUUCCAAAGCUUGAAACGAGAAGCAAAGCCCAUAAUGUGAUUAAGAGGCAAAUAGUGGAUUUGCACCUGUGACACUGACUGGUUCAGUAAUGAUGGAGCCAGCAUCCAACUUCAAGCCUUUACUCAGAGCAAAGCCAUAAAAAAAGGGGAGUCCAUCUGUUGUUGUCAAAUUAUAUUUCUAAUAUCCCUUUAUGGUUCAUCAGUCUCCAGCUUUGUGAGAGAAUGGUUCAUAGAGUUUAAAGAAAGAUCAUAGGUUUACAGAUUAGGUGAACUCUCUUUGGGUGGAAUUUGAUUUGAAUUGUGAUGGAAUGUUUAUUUGUAAGCAAUUUGUCUUCAGGAAAAUAAACUACUAGGCACUAUA